CUUAAAAGUUGGCGGCCAUGAUACAACGCUGCCAACUUCAUGCCACAGCAGUUGUUUAUAGCUGCAGAGUACGUUAUAAUGUUUUGAAUGUUUCGUGUAUUCUUAUUUUAUAGUUAAAAAAAUAGUUUUAUCAAUGGAAGCGACUAAAUUAUUACGUGUUAGAUAUUUUAAUAAUAUCUUGUGUGGUGUUUGUGAUAUACUUCGUGUGUUUGGUCGGACAGAGUAUUGAACAAUAACUUCAGUGAAAGUGUGGUUAUGUUGACAGUUGAUUUGUUCAAAAAACAAAAAUCAAAUCGUUAGAAUAGUGUUUUGUAAUUUUAUUUGACUUAGAUAAUACAUUGUUUUAAGUGUGGAAUGGAUAAUAUUUUAAAUAUUACCGAUGUGUACAAUAUCCAACAAUACGUAAAAGCAUUCAGCGGGCCGACGGCACUACGAGUGAACGUCGGAAAGAAAACGACUCGCGUAACUAUCGUUCGACUGAAUAGCGCGCGCGUAGUCGAUCGUGACGUGCAAUGCCCAGGGCCCCGCGCGCCCCUUCACCCCUCGCAGGGCUAUGGAGACCCUCCUCGAUAAGUUCAAGAAGGAGCAAGGAGGACUACGAAGGUCCCGAUCCGUCCGCGCUUCCCUACGAUUGAUUGGAAACCGUUGGCGAUCUACUAAAGACGAGGACGCAUCCGACGAAAUUGAAUCUAUCAAGCGUGACAACGUCGUGCUUACACAGAUAUUUAACGGCGAGAAGGAUUACAACGUAGCGUAUACGGGCAUCGACGGCACGUACAAAGCGAAAACGCCGAGCAUGGCGAAACGGAAGCAGGAACCCGUGAAACUCAGGAAGAAGAGCGGAGACAUCGACCUAACGUUGAAACCGCAAAGGCACAAGAGAAUCGAGAAAACAAAAUUUAGUGAUUUAUUUAACAAGAAACAGAAGAGCAUUUCUGCGAAAGAACUACUGGUUCCCGAGAAGAUUCCCCCGAAAGCUGCGGCGAUUUUACAUAUCAAUUCCCCGGAGAAAGAUAAAGGAAAAAGAAAAUUGAAAGGCAUGGGCAAAUCGGAGAGCGCCAAACUGAUAACGGAGCCCGCGACACAUCGGCGGCCGCGGAGAGGCUCCGAGAGCGACAUGACGUGCGGAAGCCAACCACGUGGGUGCGUCAAUCAAGCGUUCGUGUACAGCACUCCGCCGAAGGAUAGGAAGCAGAUCCCUCUAUCUCCAUCGGCCUACUUGAAGCUCCAGUACGGCGCGCUGUUGGAUGGGUGCGGGGGGGAGUUGCCGUCGCUGAGCGCAUGCGCGCCGCUCCCCCCGCACCUAGACAAAGCAGCUCGCCGGCUGCAUAAGGAUGCGCGUGCGCACCAGGAUAAAAUCACACAAGUUAACAUACAUUUGCAGGCGCUUUUUGCAGCGGUUGAACAUGGCUACCUCGACAAAGCACGAAACAUCUUGGAGUCGACGGACGUGGAUGUCAAUAGCCUCAACCCAGACGACCUGUCGCCUCUGGACGUGGCGGUUUUGGCGAACAAUCGGCAACUCGCCAGAAUGCUCAUGGAGUUUGGAGCUAAGGAAGGACCGCAGUUCAAAAACCCCGAAGCCCUGGGCGCUCAUCUGCGCAGAUUAUCGCGAGAGGCGGAAUCGCGUCUGCACGAAGUAACCGGAUACAUUCCAGAGAAGGCUUGUCGGGAUGAUGUUUGCAGGUCAGCCGGUCAGGCCGGAACUAUGGGCUGUGCUGGAGGAACAGGCUCCGAGAAAGACAAACAAACUCAGCACUGGGAGAGGAGGGUCAGGACAUUGAAGCGGCAGCUGCAGGGCUGGCAGCGCGCGCGCGCGCCGGCGCCGCUGCCCGCGCCCGACCUGGACGUGUGCGGCGCGCACUCCGUGUGCGUGCGCCUCAGGGACGCGCGCGAGCCGCGCGACGUGCGCGACGCGCCCAUCGUCACCAAGUAUAAGGUGGAGUGGUCGUCGCGCGGCGACUUCUCCAACGUGUGCGGCGCGCGCGAGCUGAGCGCGGCGGGCGCGGCGGGCGCGGGGGGCGCGGGCGGCGCGCGCGUGCAGGUGGCGGGGCUCACGCGCGGCCGCCGGUACUUCUUCCGCGCCGCCGCCGGCAACCUGCGCGGCUGGGGAGCCUACACCGUCUCCGUGCCCAGGAGCGUCGUUCCCAGCAGCUGGCGCGACGUGUGCGCGCGCGCGGGGCGCGGCGGCGGCGGCGGCGCGGGCGCGGCGCUGGAGGCGCUGUGCGCGGCCGCGGGCAGCGCGCGGCACCGCGGGCACGCGCGCCUGCCGCGCAAGAAGACCACCAUCCGCCAGCUCUUCACCGCCGCCAGCAAGUUCCAGAAGAACCUCCGCAGGGGCGUGUACCUGGCGUGCAUCAUAUACCACGAGGACAAGGUGCUGGUCACCAGCGAGGAGUUCCUGCCGGUCAUAGAGGUGGACGAGACCUACCCGGCCUGCAUCUACACCGACUUUCACUGGCUCAUGAAGGUGUCGUGUUCCUGGGAUGAAGUGAAGUCACUAAGAUCAGAUAUGGAGAAGCACACCUCUUCCUCGAUACACUUCAGGUUGAAGCUGCUGACAGCUGCAGCACAGAUGCAAUCCGCGCUAUGUAUACAAGACUUAGGGCAACUGUACCACAAGCCACUCCGAGACGCUCACGGCACGGUGGUUCUUUCUUGUGUGAAUAUGGUCAAGUCGCCAAAAUCGAUCUCCGCAUUGAAUUCAAGAUGGGCUCCAGUUUCCAAACUCAGACGAAGAGUUCUCAGUGAAGAUAACACGAUGGGGGAACUGCUGAUGGCGUCUGUCCAUGAACAGAUUGCUUACCAUCAGGUAUCCAGAGAUCAGUUACCCCGUGGUUUAUACUUAGGCUACCUCAAACUGCAGUCCUCGGUUGAAGUUGUACGGAUCGUGGCUCCAGCGAGAACCCCUAACGUCCCUCCACACACUAGAGUAAGGGAUAAUCCGCAUGUGUCCGCAGAAGAAUGGGAGUACCUAAAAUCUCACUCGGGAAAAACUGCCGAUGAAACACAAUCUAUAAACAAUUUAGUGUCAAUUGGAAACAACGAACAACCUUCAGAAUCUCAAGAGAUGUUCAUCGAACAGAUCGCCACGGCCGCGCGGAGACUCUUCCGAGACAUGGAGAUACCGGACGAGAACGUCAGCACCCACCGAAUAUAUGAUCUCGAAGUUAUUGAACUCAAUCACGAUGUCAGUUUCAUCAUGAUAUGUCCGCCGGCGGAACAGGCCUGUUCCGUGCCCGGGCAGAAGGAGAUCCUGCUCCAGAAAGGAGAUCUUUUAAGUCUUCCCAUCCAGGCUUUCGAAAUGAUCCACUUACAAACUUACCAUAAUAACAUUUUAAAUAAAUACUCAAAACUGAGCUGUGUAUUAGAGUUAGAUGUAGCUUUAGCCGCCCAUUCCCAAAGAGAAGCGUUCUCCUGCACUGAGCUCCAGACUGCGAAAGAGAGAUUGACAAAAUUAGAAGAUCUCCAAAACAAUUUAAACCUAAUAUGGAAGGCGGAGCGAUGGCUGAUGGACCUGAUAGGUUUCGCGAGAGAUAAAGAUAAAGCUGGCCCCAGUUCGGGAAUAUUGCUCAAAAAUGUACUCGACAAUACCACGUCCAAAACUUCUAUCGAUGGACCGGACUGUGGGGAUUCAGAGAAAGAUAUCAACUUAAAAAUAGAUUUACUCCAAAUACCUCCACGAGACGGGAAAAUUACUAAAACGUCGCCCGGCCGCGGCUCCUGGCCCGGACCGGCCGGAAACGGAAACCAUACUAGCCUACAUCCGGAAUUUAGUAAAUCUGAACAACAACUUAGUCUAGCUCCCCGUCAGACCUCAGUUUCAACCUUAAAUCUGAGUGGUUCGCAAUAUCUUCAUUCUGAUCCUAAAUACGCCAGAAAAGGUAGCGCCGAUUCCCAAUUCACACAGUCGAGCAUCAUGAGUAAUAAUUACAUGAGUAGCAAUUCACAGUUCGACAUCAAAUCUUCAGGAUCUCACGUCAGUAUUUCCAACAGCCGCCUUCCUCCAUCCCGGAGCGAAGACACGUUAGUGCUUCAAAACGAGAACAUCGAACCAAAGCCCCGCCCUCACAGUAUUAACACCAGCGUCUCCACAUCGUCCAGCCCCCUGCUGAUGGUGAAGAACUUCUAUCCGGGAAGCAUGAUCAGUGUGAAAACUGGCAAAACGAACGUUUCAGAAUCCGCCCAAAGUCUGUCGAGUGACUCCGAGAGCCAAAGCUGUCCCAUUACGAAAGCAGUUCCGCUUAAAAUCCGUCCGUCGAAUCACCGAAUACAGGGCAACGUUAUAUCAUCGAAGAGCAUGAAUAAUGUGAAGAGUUCCGAAGUGGACUUCACGGAUACCGGCCAAGACUUGUUCAGCAAGGGACACUGUGUCAAGCGGCAGCCGCUGUUGGAAACGCAGGAGGAAAUAGAGUAUAAUAAUAAGGUUCCUAAGACUGAUGGCAGACAGAGCGAUACCGAGGAGCGAACUGGUACUCUACCUAUAGAGCAGAGAACUUCGGAGCAAGCGGGUAUUUUGCAGGUGUUCGCAGCGUACGAGACGGGGCUGGCGGCGGGCACGUCGCUGAAGCUGCACGUGACGCCGCGCACGUCCGCGCGGGAGGUCAUCGACCUCGUCGUCAAACAGCUCAAUAUGGCCGCCGUCCUCAAAGGGAAAUCGGGUCCUGUUUAUGGUCCUGAGAAACUGCAAGACUUCUGCUUGGUGGCUGUCAUAGGAGCUAGAGAGAGAUGCCUGCGGGACGAUUUUCGACCGCUCCAGCUCCAAAACCCGUGGAGGAAAGGAAGAUUGUACGUCAGGCUCAAACAUGACGUGCUAGCGGCUCUGCAGCAUUCUGCCAAACAACCAGCUUACAUUUAAACUUAGAUCAAUCUAUUUUAAGAAGAGAUUAAUUUUAUUGAUGAAGAUAAUAAAUACGAGAUAUAUUAUUAUUAUUUUUAAAUGAGGUCUAUAUCUCCGAAUAAAUAGUCUUAGAUGCUGAUAUAAUAAUUUUAAUUUUCGGUGCCAAUUAUUAUUUUUGAUGCUUUAAACGACUAGUAUUAUAGUGAAGUUGUGAGUAACGAUAGAUGGACUCCGGAAUGUUUGGUGCUUAUGACUGUAAGAUACAUCGCUCUUUGAAUGACAUAUUUUCAAUCUUAUCACUGUUAGAUUCUAAAGAAAUUAAUCUUUGUAGCUUUUCCUGUCUGUCUGUGUUACUUGUGUAUUACUCUUAAUACAAAUUAGAUCUAGCUCUGCAGAUUCCUGAGAUACUUGAACUAUUCUCCAGUGUAAAAAUCUUAAUAAAAUUGUCUUUAAAUAGACUAUACAUAAAGAACUAAAUCAUUUUUAAUGUUUAAUAGGAUUGUUUCAGGCAGAUUCUUUCUUAUAUAUAAACAAAUUAAGAAACCUUCUUUUAUGAAACACAUCUGUAUAUCAUAUCCAUAAAAAAGUGCCUGAUUGUUUAUUUGAAAGAAUAUAAGGUAUUUUAUUAUAUCUCAUGUUUAACAGAGAUUAAAAGAACUCAAAUGAGUAAUGAUUUUCAAAAUGCUUCUUACAUUUUUCUCUUGCUCAAAGCAUAUGACUACCAAAAAAUUCAUACAUCAGGGCAACAAAAAUAUGUAAAUAAAGUUUAAUAUAAAUUAUAUACAAAAUGAUAGUAAUGUGUGUAGUUGAUAUUAUAAAUAUCCUUUGUGAUUUUAUAAUUAAUGCCGAAAGAGGGCUUUUUGAAAUCAACGGAAUAUUUAAGAAUAUUUUUAGAUUAACGUAUAAAGUGUUACCUAAAUUGCCAUAACUCAUUUUUUUAUAUGUAUAUAUAAUUAUACAACAUCAUUUUUAUUGAUUAUUUCUCGUAAAAUAAUUUAAAUAACAAUUUGGUAACAUUACAUAAUCGAAUCGAAUCUAUUUUUAAUACCAAUAAGUGUCUAAGAAUAUUUUAUCUGUGCAAAAUACAAAAGAAAUUGUAAAAUGAAUGAAAAUUCCUUUUAUAUUUCCGUUUCCGAAAUUUAAUACACUUUGUUAGUUAAAGGUUAUUGAUGUAGUUAGUACAUUGUAUAAUAAUUAUUGUGAAAAAAAUAUAUCAACGAUUCGAGCCAUUCUUACGGAUUGCAAUUAUUGUUACAAUAAAGCCUAACUAAAUGUCUUAUGAUGUUAUAUUAAUAAAAUUGUUUUAUUUGUAGAUUAUUUUAAUAAUGUGUAAGAUUCACCCCUAUUCGCGGUGUUGUACAUUAGAAACUAGAGAAAUGGAAGUAUAAAAUUAUGCACAAAAUAAAUGUAUUUGAAAUCUU